UCUCUGCAAUUGCAGGUUUGCUAGUGUGUGGAUGGAUGCGAGGGUGCAAGUUUCUGUGUGUAUUAUACAUUUGGAGUACUAUACGAGAAGGCUGGCCACCAGAACCGAACUUCUUCAGCUGAAUCUGCCAGCGGUAACAAAUCCCCCUUCUCCUUUUCAUAUUCCGAUUACAUCUCUGACCCGGACUGUCCCGAAGCAAGAACCCUCGCUCCUUAAAUCUAAUCCAUCGAUCAUGAUGGGGGCGCCCGGCCCGAAGAUCGAUGGGGACGCCGGGACCUGGCCUGCGGUACCCUCAUGCCGGUGCCGAUCGAGAUCGACCGGCGAGCUGCUUUCUCGACCUCACCGCCGUCAUCGACAGCCGGACCAACGCAUCCACCGCCUGCUGCGAUACUGACGACAUACAGAGGGUCUUGACAAUCCAGAUCACCUUCGUCGUCGCCGACCCUCCCCAGGUCUCCUACUUCUGUGCCUACUGCAUUGGAUCUAUCUUCACCGAGAAGCCUAUCAUCGUCCACACGGAGGGCAAUCUCGCCCUCCUCUACAUCGGCGUCGAGAAGUGGAAUUACGUCGGGCUCGACCCGUGCGCCUUCUACGUCUACCAUGCUAACGGGGGCUCCGACGGGGAGCCGUCCCUCACGGUGCUCCCGCAGCCCAGCGGCCGCCCUAUCAUCCAACGGAAUCAGAUUGGACUCCUCCCCGGCGGUGGCCAUGAUCAUGGCUACAGCCACAGCCACAGCCACGACUACUAUGUCGCUGCGCUCUCGAAUGCCUCGGAGGAGCCGCUGCACUUCGAACUCGAUCUCUACAGCUCCAAGACACGAACUUGGACUGUUAAGAAGCCUGUCUUGAUUCUGAACGAACAGCAGCAGCAAGCAGGGGAGUUUUGCCACAUGACCUCCAAGGUGAUCACCGUUGGCGGAGACUACGGUACCAUGGCCUUUGUAGACCAUUCACGGGGCAUCCUCUUCUGCAACGUGCUUCACGGGGAUCGCCCUCAUCUUUACUAUGUGCCUUUGCCCACGCCGCCGCUCCAUCACAGUUGGCUCGACUGCAGCAAUGCGUUGCGUGUUCGCGACAUUGCCGUCGACGCCAAAGCCGGCCGCAUCAGGUUCGUCGAGCUGUGUCUUCAUGGAGAGACCAAUGGGUGGCAGGUGCAGGUUGUCACAUGGAGUAGGAGUGCUGCCUGCAAUAACCAGGAGGAGGGUUGGAGGCAGGAGCGCGACCUUUUCACUGCCCAGCUGCUGCUCUCCGGCGACCUACCCGAGCAGCUGCCCAGGGAGUCGUGCUGGGACGGCCGCGGAGGACCUCCCCCGCCGCCCACCCAGGACCUCAAGAGGAUGUACGCCGAGUUUCCGAUCCUGAGCUUGCACGACGACAACACUCUAUACCUGAUGAUCAGCGAACGAAUCGUCGCCUGGGACAGGUGGGUGAUUGCUGUCGAUAUGGCCAACAUGACUCUGCAAGACGUUGCUCACUUCCGCCGAUCAGAAAACGUCAGAUUGAAAUUUCGGCAGAGCAACAUCUCCAGUCAUCUCAAUAUGGGCGCUUCUCCAGCUGCAAGAAAACGGCCUGGGGUGGAGGUACUGGAGUCAUCUCGCGAGAAGCAAUGUGUAUUGUCUACGUUGGAUGAUAUGGUGUCAUCCUGGGAUGCUGGAACUAUCAAGGGAGCUCAGUAUGGGGAUGAUAUGGACUUGGACAUGACUACAUUGUUGAACGAGCACUAGAGAUGAUGGGUGUUAUUGUAGUAAUCUGGUAACUUUGGAGAGAAGAUAACGAAGUGGUCGAAACGAGUAUUCUUGUUUCCCACUUCAUAUUUCAGAUUCACAACUAGGCUCACAAUCCUCUAGCCACACUUGGCUCAACAACAUCUUAGUUGGACAAAUUUUAGUUAAUUUUCCAUACCCUACGCGACCAAAGUUAUAGUGUGACGUGACACAAACAUUGUCCCAUAACUUAGGGACGAGGCUAGACUACAAUUCGAUUAUCUGCAGAGGUUGCAUUUACCACCCAUCAAAAUGCACUGUGCUUAGCCAUCUCUCCAGGAAGCAAGACUGCAGUCGUACAUAAACAAGAUACACUUACACGAUCAUUCACGCUACCAAGACACUCAAUAUAUAGCUAGGAACGCAUUGAAAUUGAAUAGAGCUACAACUUUGACCAUCUACAACAAAUAUUUGCAAAGAGAAUUUAGACUGUUUAUGAUAUUUGUUUCAGGUUUAA